AUGUGGUACCAUGGAGAUGGCAAAAUCGAUGGUCAACGCUGUAUUCCCAAUCGCUUGCAAAUGAUUCACGCUGCCAUGGGCAUUGGAAUUGCCUUGCUCGUAUUACUGGUGAGCAGCACUUGGCUGUAUUGGGCUUUGAAGAAAAGAAGGUUCAUCAAACUCAAAAAGAAAUAUUUUCAACAAAAUGGUGGUUCAGAGCUACGACAACUCUCAAGGCAAGGAUCUACCGAAAGAAUUAAAAUUUUUACCUUUGAAGAGCUUGAGAAAGCCACCAAAAAUUAUGAUGAGAGCAAUAUCAUCGGCCGAGGAGGUUUUGGCACAGUUUAUAAAGGAACUUUAACCGAUGGUAGGAUUGUUGCAAUUAAGAAGUCCAAGAUGGUGGAACAAAGCCAAGGUAAAGACUUCAUAAAUGAGGUGGGUAUUCUAUCUCAAAUAAACCAUCGUCAUGUGAUACAACUCUUGGGUUGCUGUUUGGAAACACAAGUGCCUUUACUAGUCUACGAGUUCAUCAACAAUGGCACCCUCUCCGACCACAUACAUAACGAAAAUAAGGCAUCUGCUAUUAUGUGGGAAACUCGUUUAAGGAUUGCCAUCCAAACCGCAGAAGCCCUAUAUUAUUUACAUUCUGUGGCAUCUACGCCUAUCAUUCAUAGAGAUGUUAAGUCUACCAAUAUACUCUUAGAUGCGGAGUACAACGUAAAGGUGUGUGACUUUGGAGCUUCAAGAUUGAUUCCAUUGGAUCAAACUCAGUUAUCUACGGCUGUUCAGGGAACUCCUGGAUACUUAGACCCGGAGUCUAUGCAGACAAACCAAGUGACCGAGAAAAGUGACGUUUAUAGUUUCGGAGUGGUCCUUGUAGAGCUACUCACAGGCAAGAAAGCACUAUUUUUUGAUAGACCCAAGGAGCAGAGAAUUCUAACUAUGUUUUUCCUUUUUGCCCUGAAAGAUGACAGCUUAUUUCAGGUUCUUGAGGAUUGUAUAGUGAACAAUGGAAACCAUAUGCAGAUUUUGAAAGUUGCUCAACUUGCGAAAAGAUGCCUAAGCAUAAAAGGGGAGGACAGACCCACAAUGAAGGAAGUAGUGUUGGAACUAGAGAUAAUAAGAAUGAUGGGGGAAAAUGCUGAACAGAAUCCAGAAGAUAAUGCAUACUUGCUUAGAAAAUCAUCAGCUCACUGCUAUUUGCGUGGUGCUGAAUUAUCCACUGCUACACAUAGCAUGGUGGGCAAUUUCUUUACCAGUAAGUGA